AUGAUCACAUUGAAGGAGAAGACUCGGUUUCGGGUGUCUCCAUUGGCAAGAACCAUUCUUGGCUUAUCGGUAGCUGCUUCGAUCGUCUGGUUUCUUCGAUCGCUAAGAAACCCUAACCCUAAUAGCUUUGAUAUUCUAGACACUAAACCCAUGAGCGUGCAUGAAGAUUCACCGGAGCGUAAUUUCUACGAUGAUCCCAACCUCAGCUACUCAAUCGAUAAGAGUGUCAAAGAUUGGGAUGCCAAGAGAAGGAAUUGGCUUAAACGACAUCGCCCCGAUCGCGAUCGAAUCCUAGUGAUCACCGGAUCGCAGCCGUUGAAAUGUCAGAAUGAAAAUGGUGAUCAUUUGUUACUGAGGAUGUUCAAGAACAAGGUUGAUUAUUGCAGAAUUCAUGGCUACGAAAUCUAUUACAACAAUGCCUUCUUGCAUCCCAAAAUGGGUGGGUAUUGGGCCAAGUACCCAAUCAUACGGGCCGCAAUGCUGGCCCAUCCGGAGGCCGAGUGGAUAUGGUGGAUUGAUGCUGAUGCAGUUUUCACAGACAUGGAUUUCAAGGUCCCAAUUGAGAGGUACAAAAGCCACAACCUUGUCAUAAAUGGUUGGCCCAAUAUGAUCUACAAGGACCGUAGUUGGGUUGGGCUGAAUGCAGGAGUGUUCUUGAUCCGGAACUGUCAAUGGUCCAUGACGUUGAUGGAAGUAUGGGCCGGAAUGGGCCCACAGACUCCGAGGUACCAAAACUGGGGCAAAAUCCAGAAAUCAGUACUAAAAGACAAGGUAUUUCCAGCCUCAGAUGAUCAAUCAGGCCUCAUAUACCUUCUCUUGAAACAAAACAAAAGGUGGGCUGACAAAAUAUACCUGGAGACUGAGUAUGGUUUACAUGGUUAUUGGUUGAACUUAGUGGACACAUAUGAGAAGGUGAACAAAGGGUAUAUUGAAAUAGAGAAAGGAGUGCAGAAGCUGAGGAGGAGACAUGCAGAGAAGCAAAGUGAAGUGUAUGGAGAGCUGUGGGAGUUGUAUAUAAAGGACACAACCUUUAAGAGAAGGCCUUUUAUUACACACUUCACAGGAUGUCAACCAUGUAAUGGUGAACACAAUCCUGCUUAUACUAGACAGCAAUGUUUGAAGGGUAUGGAGAAUGCUUUGAAUUAUGCAGAUAACCAGGUGCUGAGACAAUAUGGUUUUGUUCAUCCCAAUUUGUCGGAUUCAUCAGUGACUCAGUUGCCGUUCGAUUUCCCAGCUUCUUCAGGCUAG